AAAGGCUUUCACGAAUCGUAAAGCCAUGUGAACCAUAACUUCCCUGCACUCCGCUUCGUUCCUCCCUAAUCUUACUGUGCCCUUCGCCUGCCCCUCGUUAUACGAUAUACACACGUAAAUUACCAACACCACCACCAAUUGCUGCUGCUGCUGUUUGGAGAAGCGAUGCAAGCCGCCGCUGCCGUUGUCUUCUCCGUCAAGCCCCGCUUCAGCAGCGCCUCUCCUUCGGUCCCCCGUUUGAGAUCCCACAGGGGCCCGCCCGUCGCCGCCUCUGCUGCCCUUGGCACCACCACGACCACCACGGAGUCCAUGGCCGCCAAAUGGGCACAGAAGACCGUCGUCAUCCCUCCCCAUAGGCGCGGCUGCCAUCUCAUCACCUCCAAGAUUUUGAGAGGGAUAGAGCAGGAUUUAUCAGGAUUUAAAUGCGGCCUUGCUCAUCUUUUCUUGCAGCAUACGAGUGCUUCUCUCACCAUUAACGAGAACUACGACUCAGAUGUACAGGAUGACACCGAAACAUUUCUUAACCGGAUUGUACCGGAGGGACGUUCUGCACCUUGGAAGCACACACUGGAAGGACCUGAUGAUAUGCCGGCACAUAUAAAAUCAUCUAUGUUUGGUUGUGCCCUCACGAUUCCUAUUACUGAUGGUCGUUUAAAUAUGGGAACUUGGCAGGGAAUAUGGCUUUGUGAACAUAGGGAUCAUGCAACUCCUCGCAAAAUUGUUAUUACUCUUAAUGGGAUGUAAUUGGUAAAGGUUUGGGAAUUAUCUGGAAUGUUCAAACUAUAUUGUCUACAGAUGUUGCUAAAAGGAGUUCUCGAUUUUGCAAUUAUGUAAUAUGUAGCAAUACUUACAAGUCAUGAAAGUGCAUGUUGUUGUCUUCUUUAUCUGUUCCUGGCAGAACCUAAAUGAAGAUUUGGGAACUAACU